AUGAUAGCACGUUCUCAAUCACUAUUAUUCAUACCGAAACACACUGUCUCGAUGUCUUCCAAAACAUCUUCAUUACCAACACCAUUAUCAUCUUUCCUAAGGACUAAAUUUUAUUUCGAAAAGGGUCAAAUUGAAAUAAUAGAUACACCGACUAAUUUCUAUAAUACAUUGAAAUUCAAGAUAUCUACUGCGGAAAGAAGAAUAUUCUUAGCUUCAUUAUAUUUAGGUAAAACUGAAAAUGAAUUUAUAGAAUGCAUUUCCACCGCAAUGACUAGAAAUCCUCAAUUGAAACUUUAUUUCCUAAUCGAUGGACUAAGAGGUACAAGAGAAUCUCCUGAUUUAUGUUCUGCUUCCAUGUUGGCUAAAUUAGAUAAGCAAUUUGGGGAUAGAGUCGAUCUGAGAUUGUAUAGGACCCCUAAAUUCAUUGGUUGGAAGAAAUUGAUCCCCAAGAGAUUUAAUGAAGGUAUUGGAUUACAGCAUAUGAAAAUAUAUGGAUUCGAUGAUGAAGUUAUUCUUUCAGGAGCGAACCUUUCAAACGAUUAUUUCACAGAUAGACAAGAUCGUUAUUACCUGUUUAAAUCAUGUCCAGCUUUUGCAAGUUAUUACUUUAAAUUACAACAAUUAGUAAGUUCUAUAAGUUAUCGAAUCCAAUAUUCAUCAUCAGAACAAGAAAAAUAUAAGUUAUCAUGGCCUCAAACAAAUCUAAUAAAGAAACCAGCUACGUUACUUACAAAACAUCAUUUUGUACAAAAAACAUCUAAGGCAUUAACUGAAUUCCUUUAUCCGGAUUCAACAUCAGCUGGGCAACAACAGCAACAACAAUUAUCCAAACCUGAAUUAGAUUGUCCAACGGUUGUAUAUCCAAUCUCACAAUUUACACCUCUAUACCCACAUAACAAAGACCAAUCCACCGAGAAACCAACCAUAAUCAAAUUACUACAAUCAAAAUCUACAAAAAAGCCAUGGCUAUUCACAGCAGGAUAUUUCAAUAUUCAUUCAGAUUUGAAACGUACCCUACUGGAAACACCAACGAAAGAUUCACUCAUAAUAACUGCAUCGCCAAAAGCAAAUGGAUUCUAUAAAUCAAAGGGCGCAUCAGGAAUGUUACCAGAUGCAUACCUUUAUUUAUCAUAUAAAUUCUUAAAGGCCAUACCUAAGAUGAGACGAGAGGAUAUACGUCUUAAAGAAUGGCAGAAUGGGAUUGCAAAUACUCCCGGUGGAUGGUCAUAUCAUGCCAAAGGGAUAUGGUUUAUGGAAAAGGAUACGCGUACGAAUACAAAUACGAAUGGGUAUAUACCUUAUUUGACUAUUAUUGGGUCUUCUAAUUAUACAAGACGAUCUUAUUCUUUGGAUUUGGAAACUAAUUGUGUUAUAUUUACUAAAGAUGAAUCAUUACAGUUGGAAAUGAAGAAGGAGUUAGAUAAGUUGUUGAUGAAUACUAAAGAAGUUACUUUAAAUGAUUUUAAAAAUGAUAAGGAAAGACAUGUUAGUAAGAGAGUGAAAUUGGCAACUAAUAUUUUCGGUAAAAGGCUAUGA